AUGGAAAUUAGGCGGCAGAGGCUUGAGCCUUAUCUAAGACGCACGGGAUUUUACCACGCUUCUUUGAUCAAGCACUUCGAGUACGACAAUCCACUUAUUAGUGCCUUGGUUGAACGAUGGCGACCGGAGACACACACCUUCCACUUCCCUUGGGGCGAGUGUACGAUAACCCUGGAGGAUGUAGCAAUGCAGUUAGGGUUACCUGUUGAUGGUCAGCCUGUUAGUGGUGAGAUUCCCGUCGGCCACGUAAGGACAACGAAGUUCAACAUAAAGCUGAAGUGGCUCAGAACUCGUCUUCAACAGAUGCCGCUUGACUUAGAAGAUAAUGGCCUCAUGCAGUAUGCACGGUGUUACAUACUUUACUUGUUGGGAGGUGUGCUUCUUCCGGACAAGGCAAAUAACACGGUGCAUGUUCGAUAUCUGCCGUUAUUGGCUGACUAUGAUGCCAUCUGCACCUACAGUUGGGGUAGCGCCGUCCUCUGUUGGUUAUAUCGUGCUAUGUGCUUAGCAAUAGAUUAUAGUGUUGAGGGUAUGGCCGGUUGUCAUACGUUGCUCAUGUCGUGGAUAUACUACAGGUUACCUUUCUUGGCACCGAAUAUGGCAGGAAAAAAAGGACAAAAUGACUAUGCUGAGCAGCGGUUAUUGAGGCACCGUCUGAGGUUGAACAAUCUGCACGUGGAUGAGUUUGUUUGGAAACCGUACAUGGACCCACAGAUUCUGUCUAGUGUUCCGGCUGAAUUCCUCGGCCACCCACAUGGAGAUUUCUAUACCGCCGUUGUGCCUCUCAUAUUUUUCAGAUGGAUUGAGAUCCUAAAUGUUGACCGAGUGUUGCGUCAAUUUGGGGGAAAGCAAGGACCUCCAAACCCUCCGCUUAAUAUUGAUACUUUCCAUCGACAGUCGGCCAGCAAUAAUGACGGAUGGUGGCCCGUUAGACUAUCUGAGUGGUUUGAGGAAGUUGUCCCUGCAGGCACACCGGAAGAGUAUGGAAGAGGCCCCGUUGUUAAUUUGCCACCGGUUCCCCGAGACCAUCGUCGUCGCCGUCCUCGCAGAGGCAGAGUUGAAGAACAUGCUGACCCUGGGGAGGAUAGGCCGGAUUUACCAGAGGAAGACCGCCCCGGUUUUGAGCCAGACAUGGGUUACCAUGCUCCAUCACAGCCUCUUCCAGUUCCUGGGGACUACUACUACCCGCAACCUUUUGUUCAAGCGGAGCCUACCCAGCCAUCUUCCAUUCAGCAUUUUAUGCCAUAUCGUCGGCCCUCAUCAAGGUGUUACAGCCAUUUAGGUGGCUCCAACCCUCUUAUCCAACCCAUCAUCUGUGGCGAUGCUACGGGAUCCUCACUGCUAAUUAAUUCAAGGUAG